AGGUUUGUAAUAACUCGAAGGUACUGCCGUCGAUGUGAUGGAUUGUUUUGGAAGUGUGCGGAUUGUAGGUUAAGAGUCCUUCAGUAUUAAGGAGUGCUUGAAACGAAGAGAGUUUCAUAACUCAGGCUUUGCUACUUCUAAUACGAUAACUCGGCGCAUCAUACGUGUUUAUUAGGAAAUAAAGUGCAGUUUAUUUCUACCUUUAAUGAGGCCAAAAUACCCAGCGAUGACAUGACGAGACAAGUAUUGUUUGACAUGCCUUAUACCGUAACUACACUUUUAAAGACCUGUAACAUGAAAGUCAGCUGGAGCAUACAAGAGCGACUCCAUACGUAAUGGUUCACUUCGAUGACAAUCAGUUUGAAAACCAUCGAGCAGAUGGUUACAGGAGACUAAAACCUACUGCUGUGCCCACUUUGUUUACUCUGGAGAGGGGCCCCACAUCAUAUGGCAGACUACAGAGGACAGAUAAUAUUAAUAAUGAGCCAUUGUGCUAUGAAGAUAGCAUAACCAUCUUUGAGUCAGAUGAUGAUCACGCAGAGAUGGUCGAGCAGCAGAGGAUGACAUUUGUACAAGCUCGUAUUGAUGAAGUCAGAGACACAUUUCGAGGACGCCAGACAUCAACACGUGGGCGGAGACGUGGACGGCCGAGGAAACGUCCAAAUGAUGAUCUUGACGAGUGGACUCCUGACAGACCACGUGCUGUGCGGGGCCGCAAACGUGGCAGACCACCUGCCGGAGGUGGAAGGGGAAGGCAGGCAGCGUCAGUGUCCCCAGUUCGAAAGGCUCCACGAGGCCGUGGUAGAGUGGCUAAUGAAAGACAACGACCGGGUCCAAAACCCAAGUUAGAAGGACCUGGGCCACCGCCAGCAGUUAUCACACCCGGGGGAAAAUGCUUUGUGUGCAGCAAAGCCGCUGGAUCAACAGGAUCGCCCCUCACAGCAGUUACAAACACUACAAAAAUCCAACUCCACCAAAAACUUGGUAGAGUUGUAGGAGCAGAGCUGGAUCUCAUUGUUGAUGAAGAUGGAGUACUUUGCCACGGCUGCUGUCGUCUGCUGAACUACAUGGAUCGAAUUGAAGUGGAGCAUAGUAUGCUCACAAAAUCAAUUCUGAAUUGUAUGCGACGGACGUUUGGUUUUGGUUACGUGCAAGGUGAUAACCGUAUGCCAGAAGCUGUUCUCGCCAGUAUAGAAGAUCGCAGCAAAAACUCCAUAAUUCCUGUAGAGAAGCAUGAUCCUGCUAUAGAUGUGCCUGAAAAGGAUACAUCAGGUGAUGCUGCGUUACAGAAUAAGACGGUGGCUCCAAGUGAUUCAGAUGAUAAAAAGAAAAAUGAAACGCUACUUGUAGACAGAGUACCUGAGAAAAAGACUGAUGCUGAGCAGGAUAAGAAAAAUUAUCACUGCAAAAUCUGCAACUUUGAAAGUAAACAUAAGUCAGUGUUCCUCUUCCAUUUGCAGAGACAUAUUCAAAGUAGUUAUAGGUGUGAUUUCUGCAAUGCAUUACUGCCCAAAGGAUUUAAAAUACUGGAUAGCAAGAAUGCAGAAACAAGCAAUGGAGAAAUAGCUAAUAAAAAUGAGGUCAUUCCACACACUGAAGCACCAGAAGUUCAAGCUACAAAAGAAGUGAAGGAUUAUGUGGAAACAAUGAUUGAAGAAUUACAUACCACAGGUAUCGUUACCACAAUGAAACCAGUAACCCCAGAAAAAUUUAAAUCCUCUUCAGAAAUACAGAUUGAUAAUGUACAUAAUAAAGAAACUGUUGUGGCGAGUACCCUAAGUGAAACUAAAGAUACAAGUGCUAUUUAUGAACAGCAGAGUGGGACUAGUGUUGAGCAAGGGACACUUAAUAUCCUUCUGACUUUCCCAAAUGAAAGAAGACAAAGUAUAUCAGUUCAUCACGAUGUCCCAAUAGAAAAUAAUUUCAGUAACGAUGUAGUGGCAAGGCAGCUGAGAGAUAUAUUUGGAAACUUUAAUGAUGAGCCAAUGGAUGUAGAAGACAAAACUGAUACGUCUGAGGAAAAGAAUGUAGGAAGUUUGAAUACAGCUUUUGUGAAAACUUUAGCUGAUGUUCCAUUGCUGGAAAAUAGUCCAUUAAUGGUUGUCAGUAAUAAUGAAAGUCAUAAACAAGAACAGAAUGAAGCAGGUUUAAAGAAAUUGACCACAGAAAAUCCAGAUUCUGAAAUAUGUGCAGAGGAGAUGGAUGUUGAGCCUGAAACUAGUUCCUGUAAUGAAGACACAGAAGAAAAAUAUCAAAAACAGUUGGCUUUACUGGAUGAAAUGGGUUUGAUAAUGUUACCCAAAAGGAUUCGGCCAUCUGCAUCCAAGCAGAGUGCUGAAACCGUUGUGAAAGGAAGUGACGAUAUGGUAGAGGAUAGUAGAGAUCGACAUUGGGGUGACCCAUGUCACACAGAAAACACUGUAGAGCCAAGUCAAGAACAUGAGGAUCAAAGCACUCAAGAAAAUGAAUUACAAGUCUUGAAGGAGCAGUCUCAAUGGCUGCCAGAAUCUCUUAAUCCUGUAGAAACAAUUUCAACCACUACAGAAAGUGUUACAGUGCUAAUGGAAAAUGAUGCACAACUGCAGCCUGUUCAGACAACUGAAAAUGGAAAUGAGUGGUUGAAAUCAAAUGUCACACUUGUAAAUGAGAAUCCCCUUUGGCUCCAUCAAGCUGACAAUACAUCCACUACCACCGAUGGUAGUAGUGAAAUGACAGUGUGGACAAAUACUGCUAGUCACUCUGAUCCACCAGAAACACUUACAGUGGCAGAGACAGAAAGAAAUUGGCUGCUACCAGAAAAUCAGAUUUCUGAACCAGUUUGUACCAAUGUAAAGGAAACUGAAAUAGAAGGUGUCGAUACUAUUAGAGACACACAUGUUUGGGACCCAGCACAGAAUGGUAACACAGACAGUGGUGGUGACAUUUCCAGGAAAAGCGAUGAGUUGGGUGGUAAUAUGAACAGUGAUAGUCCUGCCAGCAACAACGGAGAAGGUGUUACCAGCACAACUACUGUACCUGAAAGUGAAGUUACCAACAGUAAUAUGUUACUCAUUGAAGUAGAAAAUGAAGAAAGGGCAGAGAAUUCGCUCAGUAACAAGCAAUGUGUCAAGGUUGAUAAGGAAGACUUAAAGGACAAUGUAAAAAGUUUACAUUCAGAUCCAGCUGAGCAAAAUACUGUUGAAGAGCCUUCUUCCCCUAUGCAAGAUGUUGUUGACGAAGUGAUUACACAUAGUGUGGAAACAGUGAUUGUAGGCAGCACUCAUCAGACUGAACUGAGUGCACAGGAACAUCUAAGUACGGUGUUUGUAACUGACAAUGUACAUCUUGAGACAGCUACAUCAGGACAAGCUGUUAGCCCCAAUAAACAGGAAGAUACUGAUGAUACUGCCUCAGCCGACAGUUGUGACGUGAAACAAUUUGACUUUCGAACAUCAGAGAGAGACCUGUGUAAUGAAGGAGGAAACAGUGUUGAGACUGAAGAAGUCAUGUCCAGUAUUAGUAUCAAGGAAGAUGAUGAUCAUUCCUCACAGGUAAAAGAGUUGGAGGACACAGGCAGUAUCAGUAGUGUAGUGCCACAGUCUGAACUUAAAGUGUAUAGUGACAAAAGUGAUAUCAUCAUGACAUUGGUUGAAGGACAGAGUGAUGUUAAUGAAAGUAGUACUGAAUCUAAUUUUGAGAGUGUAAAAAGAUAGAACUGCAAUGUUAGAAAGUAUCCAUUGUUAAUGUACAAAGAAUUUUUGUGUCAAAAACAUAUUUUACAAAUGAAUUGUAUUCAUUGUUAUAUUAAGUAUCUGCCACUGGCUAUAUUUGUUUAUAUGUGUAUAUAAUCUGUAAAUAAUGAGUGUUGAAAUUAAAAGCAUAAAAUUUUCACAAG